ACAUGAUAUACACUUCCGGUUUUCUGUCAGGGCAAAAACAUAUAAAUGGCAUUCCCGAAUGACGAUGAAAAUUACCCAGCAGUUGGUAGUUUUCCGAGGGAAUUUGGUUACUCGUCUGGAGGCGAAUAUGACGUAAAUGGCGCUGGAACUUUAGUUAGCGAGGAAAAACCUCGAAUAUUGUUAAUGGGAUUACAAGGGAGUGGGAAAUCUUCAAUACAAAAAGUAGUUUUUCAUAAGAUGUCACCGAAUGAAACAUUGUUUCUAGAGAAUACAACAAAAAUCGUAAAAGAUGAUGUUUCGAAUAGUUCUUUUGUGCAAUUUCAAAUAUGGGAUUUCCCUGGCCAAAUUGAUUUUCUAGAUCCGAGUUUUGAUUCAGAAACAAUAUUUGGUGGUUGUGGCGCUUUAAUAUUCGUUAUCGAUGCUCAAGAUGAAUAUUCUGUUGCACUAGACAAACUACUUGUAACUCUAUCAAAAGCAUAUGCGGUUAAUUCAAAUAUUCGAUUUGAAGUGUUCAUUCAUAAAGUUGACGGUUUGUCAGAAGAUAAUAAAAUAGAAACCCAAGGGGAAAUUCAUCAAAAGACCAAUCAAGAUUUGAUGCAUAGCAAACUUGAUAACAUAAAUGUAUGUUUCUACUUGACAAGUAUAUACGACCAUUCAAUUUUUGAAGCUUUUAGUAAAGUAGUUCAAAAGCUUAUACCCCAAUUACCAACACUGGAGAACUUGUUAAAUAUCUUUAUAUCUAAUUCUGGAAUUGAUAAAGCUUUCUUAUUUGAUGUAGUAUCAAAGAUAUAUAUAGCUACGGACAGCAGCGCUGUCGAUAUGCAAUCUUACGAACUAUGCUGCGAUAUGAUUGAUGUUGUAAUUGAUGUAUCCUGCAUUUAUGGCUGUAAAGACGAAACAGAAAAUGGAGCCUUUGAUGAACAGUCGUCUUCAAUUAUAAAACUCAACAAUAACACUGUGUUAUACUUACGUGAAGUUAACAAAUUUUUAGCUUUAGUUUGUAUUAUGAGAGAAGAUAGUUUUGAAAAACAAGGUAUUAUCGAUUACAAUUUUCACGUGUUUAGACAAGCCAUACAAGAAGUAUUUAACAUUCAUCGGAAAACUCUUGAAUCGAGCGAAGAAGAAAAAUCACCUGGGGGAAUAAAUAUGAGAAGUUCUUUAACAAAUGACGCUAUUAGAAAAAGUUCAAAUAUUGUUUAA